UCAAACUUGUCAAAAUGAAAUAACAUUCUACGCUGCUUAAUAUAAAAUUUUAAUAAAUGCUUUAAAUAUGAGUGAAACUGAUUCGAAAUUGUGUAAAAUUUGUUUGAACAGCAAGACACAGACUGAGCUGUUCGAUAACCCACCACUGAAUAAGUUUUUCAGUCAUGUUUUGGGAAUGCAUGAACCUCCUAUAAGAAUUUGGCUCUGUGGGUGGUGCGGUUCCACAUUAAAGAAGAUUAUGAGGCUUGUGCUACUUGCUGAGGAGUCCCACGCCUACCUGUCUCAGGUCAAACUGAAUAAGGAAGAACAUAGAACAAGCCAUUUUGCUCUCUCUUUUCACCACAACGAACAUACAGACAUUCCUCCUUCACUAACAAAAGACACAAGAAAAACGAAAUUAAAAACAAAACGUAAAAUUAAAAACAAACAAAAAGAUUUAAAAGAAACUGAAAAUGUACAUGUUGAUAAUUUAGAAAAUGAACAUGAAAGUGAAUAUAAAAUUGAAGAAAUAAAAGUAGAAUCCUUAGAUAUUGAUGUAGCAGAUAAUGAUAUUGAAAAUGAUAAUGAAUUUGACUUUGAAAAAGAUACAGAUGAAACGCUUGAAACAGAUAUUUUAGACAGACCUAAAAGAAAGGUGAACCCUAAAUUAUAUGCUAAAUGUGAACAGUAUAAUUUUACACUGAAAGUGUUAAGCAUAGAAGAGCAGAGAGCAGAAUUGGAUGAGAAGAAGAAAUCAGAGAAAUAUUUGAGCAGAAAGUACAAGUGUGAGUUUUGUGGCAUCAGUUUUGUGACUAAAGAUGUUUUUGAAGAACACAACCAGAGGCAUCAGGAGUCCCACAGCCCUCAUGAAUGUCCGCUGUGCCAUCUUCGCUUCAGCACCGCUUUAGUUCUCUCCCAGCACGCGUUGGCACAUGCGCGUCGCUUCACUUGUCGCCUGUGUGGGGCCGUCGUUACACGGUAUAGCGAUUGCGAGAGCCACCGGCGUAAGUGCGGACAGGCGAGUCCUGGCGUGUGUUCGCUCUGCGGGAAAAUAUUUACAAACCAGAAUUCGCUGGAAAACCAUGUAAGGGGCGUGCACUACAGAAAAGAAAAGAAGUUUGUCUGUUCGUACUGCAAUCAAAAGUUUCAGACCAAACAGCGACUCGCCAUACAUACCAGGACUCACACCGGGCUAAAACCAUACACCUGUGAGCUAUGCGGACGCUCCUUCGCAGCAAACUCUAACCUACGGAAUCAUCUGGCAGCACACGCACAAGCCCGUCCACAUUACUGCGUCGAAUGCGACAAAUCUUAUAAAACAAGGAAAGGGCUCAGGCGACAUCUGUUGGAAGGCGCUUCACAUGUUGGAAAGAAAACUCACUCGUGCCGCCAUUGCCUGAAAAGUUUCACUUCAGAGAAGCUCCUGGCGUCUCACAUCAGCUCCGUGCAUACGAGGGAACCUGACUCCUGUACUCUUUGCCAGAAGACAUUCCUGACUUCUACUAGUUUGAAGAAGCACAUCCGAAGUGUACACGAACCGACUAACUUUUGAAAAGUGCUAUCCGCGGUAGACAUGACAAGUACCCUUACCACGAGUCACUAACAGUGUCAACACUGACAUACGCUAAUGUCUACGUAAGUUACUUUCUAUGCAUCUCGCUCGUACUGACAUAUAAGUUCAACUCGUAAUUAUAGUUUGUUUAAGGACUGUCUCAUUUCAAACAUAGACAGAGAGUAUCAUACUAUCUUUGUCUUACACUAGUACUAGCACCCAAAAGAAAAGGAUGAGUAUAGUUUUCAGGGUUCCGUACCCAAAGGGUAAAAACGGGACCCUAUUACUAAGACUCCGCUGUCCGUUUAUCCGUCUGUCUGUCACCAGGCUGUAUCUCAUGAACCGUGAUAGCUAGGCAGUUGAAAUUUUCACAGAUGAUGUAUUUCUGUUGCCGCUAUAACAACAAAUACUAAAAAGUACGGAACCCUCGGUGCGCGAGUCCGACUCGCGCUUGGCCGGUUUUUUUGUUCUUAUUUACUGACAGUUUGGUUUGACCAACUAGAAGUAUCAAUACCAAUCUGCUUUUCGGUUUUAUCUCAGUUAUUUCUUCCAUUUUUACAAAUGUGUUACCACAGGACGACAUUAAAAUAAUAGUCACUCCAGAAUUAAGAUAUUUCAUAUACGAUACAUUACAAUUUCAUACGUUAUUAACGAAGUGAAUGUCAUAUACAAAGGAAAAAAAUACCAAGGCCUCCAGUGCCUAGGGCUGGAAUGGAACCAGCGUCCUCCGUUCACGCGACAGAUACCUGCACCGCUCGGCCACCUGGCUGCUGGCUGUUUUUUAGGGUUCCGUACCCAAAGGGUCAAAACGGGACCCUAUUACUGAGACUCCGCUGUCCGUGUGUCUGUCACCAGGCUGUAUCUCAUGAACCGUGAUAGCUGGACAAUUGAAAUUUUCACAGAAUAUGUAUUUCUGUUGCCGCUAUAACAACAAAUACUAAAAAGUGCGGAACCGUCGGUGCGCGAGUCCGACUCGCACUUGGCCGAUUUUUUCCUUUGAAUAUGACAUUUAUUUCGUUUAUAGUUUAAAUAGUAGUGUCUCUACUUGUUAAAAACACAUUAAAAUAUUCGAAUUUAAACUAUCGUGAGACAUAUUAACUUAACUAACUUAGCGGUUUCAUUCACGUAUUUUUAGUCACUUGCGCGACAUGGAAAUGGAAACCUAGGCUCUCCGAAACAUGUCGCGCGAGUGACUAAAAAUACGUGAGUGAAACCACUAAGUUACAUUAAAAUAUUAGUAGUAGUAGUAGUAAAACUCUUUAUUGUACAAAAAGAAACAUAAAACAAGAGAAAAACGCAUCAUUUGUACAAAUGCGAACUUAUCCCUAAACACAAUAACACAAAUAACACAAAAAAAAUAAUCACAAUAAACAAAUAUUUUCACAGAAAGUAAUUUAAUUUGUUCUUAGAGUAUUUCAGUUAAUUUUCCACUAUAGU